AUUACGGUUGGAAAAAAGCGAGAGAAAUCGGGCCUGUUUUCUAUAAAACAUGACAAUGUUCAAAGGAAUUCUUAUUUUGCUCAUAAUUCAAUUAGUCCACAACAGUCUAGCCUUUCCAAAUAAACACAGAAUUGCUAAAAAAAUACGACAUGUCAAUAAAGGUAAAAACCAUCCGUGUAAAAGUUCGAAGGAAGGCAGAAAUUUCUCUGUUGCAGUAAUGUUACGAGAAUUACAGCAGGAUAUUAACGAACUUGAGCAUCAACUUCCAUCACAUGACAAAAUCAAGGACGAUAAAAAGUUAGCUGAUAAAAAGAGGCCUUUUAGAGGAACUUUAUUUAAAAUGUCGGCUCUUUGUGGUGAGGAAAUCCUAUAUGAUAUGAGUUUAGUUUUGGAAUAUUUUCGCGAUGAAUUGCUGGAGAUUGGAGAACAAUCCAAGUCGGUGUUAAAAGAAGAUCAAUUGCCGAUUAAAGAAAAUUUAUACAAAACUAUAAAUCACCUCCGAAACGCUGUACUCGCCUUAAGACCAACAGCAAUGGACAAAAAUAAAGUAGAAGUCAAAAUUCCAUCAUCAAAAAAGUUUUACAAGAAGUGGACAAAAAUUGUCCUAGAUUUAAAACAGUUCAUCAAAACGUGUUUAACCAUUAUUGACCUUAAGUAGAAAAUGUGAAAUGUGACGUUUUAUCUGAAAAUAAAUAUAUUAUUUGUCAGUAUUUUACAAACAAGUUUACGUAUAUGUUCGUGCCAGGGUUAAG